AUGGAACUCGAGUCGCAGGCGAUUAUCAAUGACCUCGACGCAAGUCCCGCUGCCCGUACCGCUGCUCUGAGAUCGCUCAAAAACGAUAUCGUCGGUGAUAUCCAGAAAAAGACGUUAUGGGUUCAACACGGUCUCAUCCCACACAUCGUGAGGCUUCUACUAGCUGGCCCUUCGCCACGCAGUAGAACUGGGAAAGGAACGCGACAGGCUUUCUCGAACAACAUCGAUACUUUCACUGAAGAUGAUACUGCUCAGCUACAAGCCUUGCAACUAUUAGGAAGCUUUGCGACCGCCGGUCCUGCCUUCAUCGCUCCUCUCUUCACUUCGCACGUAUUACCCGCUAUCCUGGGUGAAUCAUGUCUUCAAAACGAGCACCCCCAAAUCGUCCUCGCUGCCCUCCGUGUAUUGAAGGACUUUACAGUGGCUACGAUAUCUGCCUCGGCGUCCUCACCCAUCAAUCUCGUGUCCCUCGCAGACACCUUGUUCAGUAAUAACUACUUAGAGAGCUUGCGGUUGAUCUUGUUGCAGCGGGCGUUGGAUCGCGAUGUCGAAGCUCAAAUAAUAAUCGUCGCAUCCCUCAUCAGAACUCUUUGCUCCGAGGAACGCCAUCAGACCAUUUUAGUAGACUCUGGCAUCUUGGAUGCUUUAGCCACAAGAAUAGCUACCUUUGCGGUGGCCGAGGGAUACGUCCUGCCGAAAGCUGAGGUGCGUGCACGUAUAGAAGGAUUAGGGGAGUAUAUACCAGAGCCUCCAAUCACCACGGGAGGUUUGGGUGAGGUGCUUGGCGCGGUUGCUGCUAUCAUCAGCGACUCCCCCUACCGUGUCUGUAAACUCGUAUACUCUCCUUCCAUUCUAGCCAUUUUCCCCAACUUCAACAAUGGUGGAAAUCAACAUUCUAAAUCCCCGCCCGAGUUCAUUGUGCUCCCGGGGAUACGACCCUCGAGACCCAAAGAGCCCGAGAUCAUGGACUUACUACUACCUAAGACACCUUUCUCUCCUCGUGGACUUGGGAACCCAGGAGGGUUUUCGUCAAUGAGCGCCCAGUCUUCUAGGGAUAGUCCCAGCACUAAUGGUCGGCCGUCUUCCAAACUCCAGACGAGUUUAGUAUCAUGGACCCCUCCCGAAGAGAACGUGGCACGUAAUGCCGAUGUAGACGCCGCAGACGUCGAAAGUCCAUUAGUACCAUGGCUAAUCCAUCUAGUACGCACACGUCACGGGUGUGAAGUGUUAGCGGCUGCUUCAGUACUCACCUCGCUUCUCAAAACAGGAUUCGCGUACAAAGCAAGAGAACCAAGCAUGGGGCUAUUGGUUGUCCCUGUUCUGUUAGGGCUUCUUGAAGAUGCUGAGUCGAAGAUGAAAGAAUCUGGGAAUAGCAGUUGGGUGAGCCGUGAUCUGAAGGCCAAACUAGACAUUAUUGGUGAAACACCAUCAGUCCUUGCUCGCCUUAUUACGGACAGCGAGCCUAUGCAAAAGGCCGCAUUCGAAUGUGGUGCUGUUAAAAUCAUGUGUAAGCUACUGAAAAGCAGCUAUGAUACGCCUUUAGCUGUCCCAGAGUCUCGCCCAUGGUCACCGAUUAGUGACGGUGUUGAUGCCACAAGGAGUCUUCCAUCCGAGUGCCAGUUGGGCGAUGAAGGCCAACAUAUGCACAUCAUUCAUCGCAGGAGAGUGAGAGAGACUACUUUAAGGGCGCUUGGUGCGCUAGCGACUUUCAAAGAAGACUACCGCAAGGCAAUUGUAGACCAAGACGUGAUGACUUACAUUCUUAAAUCUUUGAAUCAGUCUCCUAGUGAUUCAAAACAAAAGGAGCAGGAUGUGCAAUAUCGAGUCAGCUCUAACAACAAAACGUCACUACCUGAACACAACCCCGUAUCUGUCAUCAUUGCAGCGUGCUAUGCUAUUCGGAUGCAAUCCCGGUCAGUCAAUACACUACGUACCGUCUUAGUUGACCAUUCAGCCUCGGAACCUUUAUUCCGACUACUUCGGCAUCCUGAUGUCGAGGUUCAGAAUGCUGCAACUGCUUGUAUCUGUAACCUAGUCACGGAGUUUAGCCCAAUGAGAGACCCUCUGGUCGAUGCUGGUGUACUGAAAGUCCUAUGUGAACAUGCACAUUCACAAAAUUCUGCGUUGAGACUGAACGCGCUCUGGGCUCUGAAACAUCUUGUUGAUUCUGCCAGCAUAGAGCACAAAAAGCAAUGCGUGGAAGAGCUUGGAUCUGGUUGGUUGGUCAAGCUCAUUUGCGAUGAUACCGAAGACGAAGCACUCUAUUCCACGAGAACUCGGUCCGAACAGCAGUCUACUUCCCCCACUCCAGAUGCCAUGGAUGAAGACGUGGAUAUGGGCUUUGUAGACGAGCAAACCCGGCCAUGGCCUCUCGGCUCCAACAGAACAACAUCAACUUCUCCCAAAUCAGACAUUCGACUGUUGCAGGAAGCUGAAACACGACUAGAGGGUCUCAGAGAAAUUGAACAGAACCCUAUCCGAAAAGCCAGACAUGAUGAUCUCGCCAUACACGAACAAGGUCUCGGCUUCAUCAGGAAUUUGAUUGGUGGCGCGCACUCCCCAAACAAUCCCGAUUCCGCCAACGACACGACAGAAAUGAUUGACCAUCUUCUGAAUAUCCUCGGCCAAGAUCGUUUGUUCGCGAUCUUGGCUUCUAAAUUGAAACCAAAAGUCCUGCAUCCCUACAAUCGACGAGGUGCUAGUGGUAGCGAGACUCGAGUCUUACCACCUCAGGUCAAGAUUAUUGAGGCAGUCAUAUAUAUCUUGGUGCACAUGGCCGCAAGUAUACCCCGACAUCGGCAACUUGUUAUCGCACAGACAGAUCUUCUCAAGCAAUUAGCCAAACUUUUUAAUAGUCAAGAUCGGGAAGUGCGAGUGGCACUGUGCCACUUGAUCAACAAUUUGACUUGGCAGGAUGAUAUGAGUGACGCGAGUGCGUGUUCACAGCGGGCAACAGAGCUCAGGAAUCUAGGGUUCCUUAAGAAGCUAGAGAGCCUGGGUCAGAGUGACGACGAGCUAGAUGUACGGGAGCGCGCCAAGUCUGCUUUAUGGCAAAUGAAAAACAAUUAUUAA